CAGGGAUUGGCUAUCUCGCGGAAAGACGCUAUGGGAGGCUAUUGGCCGAAAUGGUCUCACCCAACAUCACCUCAACCUAGGAAAUGGCUUCAGUAGGGCUACCUGGCCUAAUGCGAAGGGAAGCCCGGAUGUGCCAGCAGGAGCCCCCAUGCAAUGUGCGGGAAUACAGGUUCCUGGGCGAGGGGGAGGAAGAGGAGGAAGGAGGAAGUCAGCUGCAGCCAGAGCUGGUGGUGCUCAUCCCCGAGGUCCUUGACCCUCAAUAUGGCAUGUAUGUCUGGCCCUGUGCGGUGGUUUUGGCUCAGUAUAUCUGGUUUCAUAGAAGACUUGUCUGCGGCAAGAAUGUUUUGGAGCUUGGUGCAGGUGUGAGUCUUCCCGGAAUCGUAGCAGCAAAAUGUGGAGCAAAAAUGACAUUGUCAGAUAAUGCAGAAUUCCCUCAGUGUUUGGACAAUUGUCGAAGAAGCUGUCAGAUGAAUAACCUUGCAAGCGUAUCUGUCACAGGAAUCACCUGGGGUCAUAUAUCACCUAGCUUGUUGGCUUUAUCUCUAGUGGACAUUAUUGUGGCAUCCGAUGUAUUUUUUGAACCAGAAGACUUUGAAGACAUUCUAAGUACAGUACACUACUUGAUGAGGAAGAACCGACAUGCUCAGUUCUGGACAACUUACCAAGUCCGAAGUGCCGAUUGGUCUAUUGAAGGACUACUCUACAAGUGGGAGAUGGAAUGCAUCUGUGUGCCCUUACAGUCUUUCGAGGCCAACAAAGAACAACUGGUAGGCUCUUUCCUUCCAGGGACACAUACUGUUGAAAUGAUGGUCAUCACCCCCAAAAAAGUAAUAUUGUGAAGCAUCUUCAGGACAGAUAUACUCCUAUUUUUUAAAAAAUAAAUAUUUGGAAAUCUAA